AUGUCGCUGCUCUGCCAGCUGUGGUCGCUCCACGAGUCCAUCCAGGAGUACAAGGGCAGCUGCCAGGACCUGAGCGCCGCCUCCGGCCUGGGCAUGAUGGACAACGGCUACUUCGACGAGGACGACGAGUACUACGGGGAGCCCGGGGCCACGCCCACCGGCGAGCAGCCCGACGGGGGGGACGCCGGCACGGAAAAGAUGGCCGCCGCCAAGAACGGCAAAGAGGACAGCUGGGAGUCUUUCCGCGUGGCCAUAUGA